UACACCAUAUAAUAUAUUCUCGCAUAUAUUUUCGGGGCCUGUCAUGGAAACAAACCACCGCAACACUAUUUGCACAUUCACAGAUAUUGAUAUCACUAAUUGGAACAAUAAUGAUCUUCCUCAUCAUGAUUAUGAUGAAAAUAAGAACAUGGAAACAAGACAAGAAGAGGAUCAUAACAACCUCACUACUCUCAAUGAUAACCAAAUUCCUCUUAUGUCCUGGCCCAACCUUCAACAACAAAGACCAGCAAUACCCUCACCGUCAUCCUCAACUUCUAGAACCUUCUUUAGUGACAUAAUGGAGAACCAAGUGCAAGAAGAGGAAGAAGAAGAAGAAGAAGACGAAGAGCCUGAAGAAGAGUUAGGAGUCAUGAAGGAGAUGAUGUACAGGAUCGCCGCUAUGCAGCCGGUGGACAUCGACCCGGCUAGCGUUCGAAAGCCGAGGAGGCGAAACGUGCGAAUAAGCGACGACCCUCAGAGCGUGGCAGCGCGUCACAGAAGGGAGAGGAUCAGUGAGAGGAUCCGAAUCCUUCAGAGGUUAGUUCCAGGUGGCACCAAAAUGGACACCGCUUCCAUGCUCGACGAAGCCGUUCGAUAUGUUAAGUUCUUGAAACGCCAAAUCAGGUUCCUCGAAUCAAAUCCAAAUCAACUACCACCUAAUUGGCCUUUUGCACCACUACUUAAUAUUAAUAAUAUGCUUCACGCUCCUUCUGCUGCUGCCGCCACUUCCAUGCCACCGCCACCGCCGCCGCCGGGGCUACCCGGAUUUGGAACCCUAAGCAGCCAUGGCCAUCAUGAUUAGUGAUCAUUAAUUAGGGUAUAUAUAUAUAUCAUGUUGGAGUGUGAAGAAUGAUUAGUGUAUCUUAAUCUUAAUCUUAACUAAUGACUGUUAGUAUUUUUGGAGAAGAGAAAAAAGAAAAGAGAAAAAAGAUUUAAUUUCAAAUGCUUAUUAAUAAU